CGGUAAAAUCUUAACCUCAAAACUGUGAAUGUGAUUUGGGUAUGUCGCCGCUCGAGUAAUCAAAAUACUCAACGAACAAUAUAUGGCACAAGCAGUGUUUCAAAUGCCAGGGCUGUGGCAUGACCCUCAAUAUGAGGACGUACAAAGGUUUCAACAAACAACCAUAUUGCGAGGCACAUAUACCAAAGGCAAAAGCGACGACAAUGGCAGUGACGCCAGAACUGACCCGCAUUGCCGAGAAUACGAAGAUCCAAAGUAACGUGAAAUAUCAUGCCGAGUUCGAGAAGGCGAAAGGCAAAUUUACCCAGGUCGCCGACGAUCCAGAGACCAUGCGAGUCAAACAGAACAGUAAAAUCAUUUCGAACGUCGCCUACCACGGUGAGCUCGAGAAGAAGGCGAUAAUGGAACAAAAGAGGACCAUGACCGGUGAAAACGGUGAACAGAUUGAGUACGUCGAGUACACAGACGGCACGAUCGCGCCCGCGAGCAGCGUGAACGCGAACCUGCCGGCGCCGCCGGUGACGCGGACGGCGGUGUCGCCGGUCCAGCAGCGGACACCCGGGAGGAUCGCCGAUUACGAUCCACUGAGCGAAGCGAGGCCGAGUCCCUACUCGGCCAGGCAAGCCGCCACCACCGUCAUCUACACGAGCGACAAGGGUGCAGUGACGAAUCCGCCAACGAGAAAAAUUGGUUCUGUUGCUGAUAUUGAUCCCGUAAACGAAUAUUAUGGUUCACUUACACCAGCCACAAACAACAAUCACGUCCCCCAACAUCAGCCGCCACCACCUCCAGCAAAUACAGGACGCGUCUAUCGAGCAAUAUACGAUUACGAAGCUCAGGAUCACGACGAAGUGAGUUUCUGCGAUGGAGAUCUGAUAAUAAACUGCACAGCCAUCGACGAGGGAUGGAUGACUGGUCUGGUGCAGCGCACAGGACGACAUGGAAUGUUGCCAGCAAAUUAUGUCGAACCAGCUCAGAUUUAGAUUUCGCUUGUCCACCGGUUUUCGUUCACCUUAGCGUUUACAUUACAUUUCUUACGCGCCGAAUGAGUUAAGUAAGGAUGUCGAUUAUACAGAUGCAAGCCAACGCGUUAAGCAAAAUACUCGACUUGUUCAACCGAUUAUUUACGAUCAUUUAAUUUCUUGAGGGCAGUGCCACCUGGACCUUUCUUUCGACAUAGAGAGAUUCUUUCACUACCCGAGGAUCAAUAAGCACGUGUUCGCGAUUUGUUACGAAUAUGUAUGUACGCUAUAGCCGAUCUCCCUGGUAGAGCUGGUUUUCUUCUUUUUUUUC